AUGGAUGUGGACACCCUGGUGCCCACGCACGACGAGCGGGGCCGCACCAUCCCCGAGUGGAAGCGGCAGGUGAUGGUGCGCCGGCUGCGCGCCCGGCUGGCCGAUGAGGCGGAGGUGUGCGACCAGGUACAGCCGGGCUGGGGGUGGGAUGCGGCAGGGCCCCGCCAGCACCGCCAUCUGACGGGCCUUCUGCCACAGGAGCCAGGUGCCUGGCGCUUCUCACCAUCCCACGAGGCGGUGCUGGGCCCCUUCGGGGAGCUGCUGACAGAGGGGGACCUGCAGCAGCUGGAGUGGGCAGUGGAGAGCCUGAGGCUGCGGCGGCGCGGCGAGGCCUACCAAGGCGAGCUGCAGCGCCUGGCACAGGAGUUGCGCGCCCUCCUGCCCUCCCCAUUGCUCAGCAUCACCGUCCACAGCCCCCCGCCUGCCCCGGGGCAGCCCCUGCCCCUCUGGUGCGGCCGUCUGGCUGGCGUGGUGGGCAGCCUGGCUACGCUGCUGGCCAACGCUGAGGGGGCCCGUGCCACCCCCGUGCCCACCCCACUGCCUGCCCCGCUGCCCGGAGCCUCCCGGACACCGGCAGGCAGCCUGGCACAGCGGGAGAUCCGGCAGUGUGGGGUGAGCGUCCGCAGCCUGCGCGGUGCCUUCGAGCACCCCGGUGGCAACGGUGGGGAGAGUGAGCCCGGGGCGGUGGAAGCCGCCAGCGACUCGGGGAUCAGCUGCGAGGAAGCGCUCUCGGAUGGCAGCGGGUCGCCGGUGCCGGAGUCAUCCGGCCUGCGCAAGGAGCGCAUCGUGCUGCUCUUCCUGAGCCACUGGAAGCGCUCGGCUGGCAGCCCCAACCCGUGGGCCACAGCCUGCCGGGCGCUGCAAGCCCAGCGGGACGCGGUGGGUGCUCCCAGGGCUAAGGAGGGGCUGAGCAGGGUGAGCCGCCUGUCGCGGCAGAGGAGCGCCAUCCAGCAGCUCCUGGGCAGCUGGAGGGAUGCGGCUGCCCGUCCACCGCCGCCACCACCUCCCACCGGCAGCCCCCGCACCACCCUGUCCCCCGAGCAGUUCGUGCGGCAGGCUGACGGGGCACCGGCCGACUAUGACAGCCUCACCCUAGACCUCUUCAUGCUGGGCUACUUCCGCAUCUUGGAGCAGGACCUGGCCCCUGAGGAGCGCCGGGGCCGGCACCUCCUCUGCUUUGAGGUGUUUGACCACCUGGGCCGGCAUGGCUGGGAGGCCGCGCGCGCCUUCCACCGCGCCGUCACCGAUGAAAUCACUGCUGGCCGGCGCAGCUGGAAGGACAGCUUCGAGGACAUCAAGGCAAGGUACUUCGGCACCACCAAGGGCUCAGCCUGGCUGCCAGGGAUGGCCAGGGGGAGCCCCCCGCAGCCCGGUGCCCGCAGGCCAGCCACAGGCCGCUCCAGCAAUGAAGAGAUCUGCAGGUGCAUCGACCGCAGCUUCGCCUUCUGGAAGGAGAAGGAGGCAGAGAUCUUCAGCUUUGAGGAGUGA